AUGACCGUGCCCAUCUGCGUACCUGAGUCGGCGCCGGCCGCCUCGCGCGGACUGCUCGGCACCCUGACGGAGGCAGCCAUCACGUUCGGUGGCCUGGUGGCCUCGCUCACGUGUGGAGCGCUCUCGGGCGCGCCCGCGGGCUGGCGCUGGUUGCUCGGUCCAGCCGCGCUGCCGGCCGCCCUGCAGCUGGUCGGGUUCGCCUUCAUGUCACAGACGCCGCGCCUCCUGAUCAGCCGAGGCCGGGACGCGCAAGCGCAUGACGUGCGGCACCGGAUCCGCGGCGGCGGGAAGCACGUGCAGGACGAGCACGAGGCGAUCAAGGCCGACCUCGACGCGCAGGAGCAGUUGUUCCAGCAGGUGUCGGGCGUCAACACGGUCAUCUACUACAGUGCCAACAUCACCACACUGGCCGCGCCUGCGACGUGCACCUGCACCUGCGUCUGUGGCUUCUGCUUCCGGAACCUGGCGGUCGGGCCGGCCAACGGCUCCUGCAUGCCGAUCGUCUCCUCCCACAACUCGUCGGAGGCGGCCGGCCGCUGCGCCGACACCGCCGCGUUGGGUGUGGGUGGGCUCACCUGGGCUCCCAACUGGCGCCCCACCUACGCCUGGCUGCCCAUCACUGGCAUGCUCCUCUACAUCACGCCGUUCUCGCCGGGCCUGGGCGCCAUGCCGUGGACCAUCACAGUAGAGAGCUUUCCGGUGUGGGCCCGCAGCACCUGCAUCUCCAUCACCACGGCCGUCAACUGGUCAUUCAACCUGCUUGUGUCGCUGACGUUCUUGCCGCUGGCGCACGCCCUCACGCACCAAGGCACGUUCUUCUACCUUUUCUUCGGGUGCACGGUGGGCGGCCUGGCCGUGUUUUUCGUGACGGUGCCGGAGACAGGGACUGUGCAACUGGAGGAGAUGCCCAUGCUCUUCUCGCAGCCCUGGGGUCUCCAUGAGCCUGGCCGGGAGCGAGCUCCCCAACAAGCCAAAGGACUGCUGUAA